CACAGUAAACAACUAUCUAACGUUAGUUCCUACUUUUGUUGUAUUGUCUUAAAGAUUAUGUCAUAUUGAGAAAAUGAAAUAUCCAGGUAUUAUACUUAAGCAUUGUUUAUUUGAUGCCAGCUGAAAAACAAAUGUUUACACAGUUGCUUAACACUCAUUUUGACUUAUGUUGACAUAUCCAGUGAAAACAUACAGUAAUAAUAACGAUCUUUUGUCUAGUUAUUAACUGAAAACAUGUUUUUAAUGUUUUGCAGAGUCAUGCACAAAGUCAUUAUGUCAUUACUCAAAAGUUUAACCACUAAAAAAGUAUUAUUAUGGUCCUUUUACAUAUUCCUUUCUUCAUAUUUUUGCUUGGUGUAAUUGUAAAUGUAUCUGAGUACUCUAUGUGUCCAUCAUCAUCAUGUAUUAAGCCGGACAUCACUCCACCCAAGUGUAACUUGAUGCAUCUAUUUCUGUAUUUCCUCUUUGUUACACUAUGUAUCUGUUAUUUUGUAGCUAAACCGCUGCGUCAUGUCUGUGGAUGGCCCCCGGACCUCUGUUUUCACCUUUCAGUCCGCUGUUCACAGCCGUCAUGUUCUGCGCUCGCUGGAGGAGCUGAGACUGAAGGAGCUCUUGUGUGACGUGACGGUUGAAGUGGAGCGCAGGAGCUUUCGAGCGCACUCUUCAGUGCUGGCUUCCUGCAGCGACUAUUUUUACACCAGACUUACAAACCACAGCCGACCAAACCCCACUGUCAGGUUACCGGAUGAGGUCACGGUGGAAGGAUUUGAACCUCUUCUGCAGUUUGCCUACACUGCAAAACUUCACUUCACGAAAGAAAACAUCCUGGAGAUCCACAGAUGCGCCGAAUUUCUCGGAUUUCAAAACCUCGAUAAAGCCUGCUUUGAAUUCCUUGUCCCAAAGUUUUCCACUGGUGGUGGAACCUCCAAAAAAGUGAGGGGUAAAAGCAAGGGCCGUGAGAGAUCCCGAACCAUCUGCAGUCCAAAUGACCAAAACCCUGAAACCGGAGAAGAUCGCGUACCUCAAGAUGCAAGCACUGUCAUGCAAGCUGCAUGCGCGACAUCCUCUGAAGAAAGUCCUAAAGAUUGUCCCCCCAUCACAAAUGACAAGGCAAUGCAGUUAGAUUUAUCCACGCUUUACGCAAGAAGCACUGCAUACCACAUGGGUGACGGCCAAGAUCAGUUUUGCCUACAGAACUGUGGCCCACCGUUGCCUUCCUCUUCCAUGGCGGCCGCUGAAGUGUGUCCUUUCCUGUCUAUUUCAAGCACCGGAGACAAUGAGAAACUGCACUCUUCUGCAGCAGGGGACAUUUUAGCAAUGGAGGACGAUUUCCAGAAGGAUCUAGCAAUGGAUGUGCAUUGUGAACCACCUACUGAUAAAGACCUGGACAUAGCCAGUAUCACCGAGGGCCACUUUGACCAACGUGAAGGGCCUCUAAUGUCGCCUUCCGACGCCAGCCACCUAUGUCCUCUGAAUUCUGCGCAGUCAAGCGGGGAUUUGGACAGCAUUUCUGGUGCGCCAGACCUCAGCAACAUUGGCAUCGAAGACAACCAGGUGUUUGAUUCCAACGAACAAACCUUCUCUGAACAGACCCCCAAAGAUUGCGCCACAGAACGAAGCACAGUGGAAAGGGAAGUGGCUGAGCAUCUCGCGAAGGGUUUUUGGCCCGAUUUGAGCGUCACGUUAAAUGAGCAGCUACCUUUGGACUCUAUCGACCAGUCAUCUGCAGGAAAUGGCUCGGACUUUCACUGGUUAAAGCAUCUGGAUCUGGGCGCCGCGCCUGAUGAUUGCCCCUUCCUGCGAGACCUGAGCUCCAAUGAUAGACAGACCUCUGGAGGAGACACUCUGUCCAAAGAGGACACUGAAGACAGUCCCUGCAUGUCCCCCAUUAACUCGAGGGAAAACUCGGAGUGCGAAUCGGAUGGAGACUGUGCGCAGUGUGACAGCAGUGAACAAGUGCAAGAGGUGGAUUUGCCAUUCCCUGUGGAGCAAAUUUCCAGCAUGACCCGGAGAGCGUUCCUGCAGAUGUUGAAACGCGAGCAGCUGACCCCAGAACAGCUGGAGUUUGUUCAGGAUGUGAGACGGCGGAGUAAAAACCGCAUGGCUGCACAGCGCUGCCGCAAGAGAAAGUUGGACUGCAUCUACAGACUGGAGGGAGAAAUUAAGAAACUGAGGAGCGAAAAGGAGAAAUUAUUGGACGAUCACAACCAGCUGAAGCUCAGCAUAGAGGAUGUGCGUCAGAACCUCUCAGGCCUGUGUCAGAGUCUCUCUACAGAUGCCGGGCCACAGUCCGAACAGCUGCAAGCACUGGCCAGGUACUUCUCCUCCGACUGUCCCACCUCCGUCCUCCUCACCCCCAUGGCCUCUCCUAGCCUGGCUGGCCCAGACCAGGAUGCCCAUGCGAACUCCUCCCUGGACACCUUUCUUGCAGACACAUGUCCUGAAGGAGACACUGUCGCACUCAGGUCGCCCACUGCCUUCCUGCAAGACAACGUUCAGAGCACUGAUACAGAUCUAGCUCCGUGAUGUAUAACAGAGCAAAGCAGCUUGGGAAUGGUCUGAUAUUUCAUUUUUACUCAGGAGUUUAGCUUUCCGCUGCCGUCAGUUUGACUUUUUAGCAUGACUUUCUUAUUAGGAGCACUUUCGUAAUGUUUCCAAGUAUGGACGUGACUAAAUUUGCACUAUUACCAGAAGUUUCAUUAUACAGAUGCAUUCGGAUAUGCCUUUCAUUCCUUGUUUGCUGUUACGCCACGGGGUCAUUCCUGUUAUGCCACACGUUUUUAAAACUUAAGAAAAUGAAUUGUAUUGUAAUUAAGUAUUUCAGAAAUAUGCUCUGCUAAGCUCAGGCUCAUAAACGUUUAUAAAUUAUAACUUGUAUAUAAAAAAGAACAAGAUGUGUAACGGGGUGGAACAUAAUGGGGUGGAAAUAAAGGGCUAAAUGCUUUGUUUAAUUACAGAUUGAUAGUUAGCUCAAGUUAAUUAGGACAUGUUUUAGUAUUUUGAUUCCAUCAUACCCAUUUUUUUAAAUAUUGUACAACAGGGUGGAAUAUUUUGAAAUGAGACAAACAAACUAAAAGCACAAGACACCUUUGAAUUAAUUGCUCAUGCUUUAAGAUGUAUAUGAUGUAUGUUUUCCCACCAAAAAUGUCACUUCCGGGACGAUUGUGUCAUUAAGGAACUGGCUUUUGUUAGUUAAAGGGAUUUUUCAGCAGACUAACAGGGUGGAAAGUAAUAUCGAAGACAAAGUAAAUAUCUAUAAAACGAUUAACAAUCAAAACACUACAAUCAA